AUGACGUUCUGCGGACCGAAAUGCUCCAUGUGUUGUAUUCUGAUCGGAUGCUGGGGAUUCGCAUUUAUGUUCAAGGUUUUUGAUGUUUUGCUGUCGUUGUGUGCCUAUGCGGAGCAGGACUACUACCAGCGACUGGGAGUGAGCCGCGACGCGUCGAAUCGCGACAUCAAACGAGCUUUCCGUAAGCUGGCUUACAAGUAUCACCCGGACAAGAACAAGAGUAAAGAUGCCGAAAAGAAAUUUCGAGAUAUUGCUGAAGCUUACGACGUGUUGUCCGAUCCUGAAAAGAGGAGUAAAUACGACCAGUUUGGUGCAGACGGCUCCGCAUUUACUGGUCAAAGGGAUUUCUCGUUCAACCUGAAAGAUUUUUUCAAGAAUUUUGAUGCAAGUUCUAAGGGUCAGCAUGGUUUUAAGAAUUUUCGGUUUGGCGAUUCCUUUUUCGACUUUGACGAUUUCUGGAAUGAUAACGAUGAAGACGGCGCACAUCAAUCGGGUUCCAGUUUUUUUGGAUUUUCAGAUCCUUUUGGGCACAUGGACUCGUUUCAGAAUAUUCGUUUCACUUCUGGCCAAAGUGGUAGGUGGUGGCAGUAAAU